AUGUCUCGCAGUUAUUCUCUUUCGCAUCAUUUCCCACAAAAUGUGGAGACCUAUGAACCCGUUUAUCCGAGACGGUCCAUCCCACCCGCGACCGGAAGGACGUUACCGGCGGAGGAGAUUGGAAUCGCGAAUAUUACCAGGUUCAAGGACAGGUUUAGUGUUAAGUUGGACAUUCACUUGUUCAGGCCUGACGACAUCAGCGUGAAAACUUUGGACGAUUUCGUCAUCGUUGAAGGACACCAUUCCAGUCAGGAUGACGAUGUCGUGCGAUCUUUCGAACGCAGAAUUCAACUUCCGAAGGGAGCUCUAGUUGACGACUUGACAUCGGACGUCGGUUGCGACGGAUAUCUCAUAAUCAAUGUGCCCGUAGCGCAGUAA